GCGCAAAAACGAGGAGAGCUCCGAGAAGCCUCUCUCGCAGCUUCUCUCGCACUCUACUCUCUCUCACAAAUCCAAAUGUUGGCAGUUUAGUUUAGCUCCCAAAAUUUUGGUGGAAGGUAAUAUCCAAAGUAUAGUAUUCCAAUCAAUAAUAAACCGACCAUGCCGCUCACCCGCCGUCAGCGCUGCCUGAAGGCGGCUACCAGUACUGGAACUGUGAGUGUUGCUAUUAAUAGUGGUACCCCAGCGAUCGCCAUGGCCAAGUCCAAAGGCAACAAGGCCAAACCAAAGACUCUGAAGACUCCGAAGACUCCGAAGACUCCGAAGACUCCUCAGGUGUUGGCCAAGCUUGUGGCAAAAGCGCAAGAUCCUGACAAGGCAUGGAACGUCAACUUUCCAUCCAAGUUGUUUCUGAUUCUGGAGCAAGCAGAGAAAGGCGGCUUCUCAGAAAUCAUCUCUUGGUUGCCCUGCGGCAAGAUCUUCAAGAUUUUCAAGAAGGAUGCUUUGGUUGAAACCGUGUUGCCAGCAUUUGGUUUCAAGCUCAACCAGAAAGACUCAUUUUCUCGACAGCUCAACCAUUGGGGCUUCAAGAGAAUCAAGGCUGGUAUCCACAAGGGUGGAUUUGAACAUCAGGAUUUCUUUCGAACCGACGCCCAUCGUGGACAGAAUGUCAAAUCUACCCGAUCCCGUGCGAGCCAGAGUGCCGCAGCUGCCGCCCUGAAAUCUCAGGUUGUUGUUACUAACACCAAUAUUGCAAAGACAAACGAGAUUGUUCUGUCCACUGCCCUAGCCACUAUCAAGCGCUCCAAGUUCGCCCAAGCCAGCAUUCAUUCUUGUGCUGGAGUUGUUGCUGCGAAUUAUCCUGUGGAAAAGAGAACCGACUCCGCUGCCAAACCUUGUGUAACUGCAAAGAAGAUGUCCUUUUUAGAUAUGGCUGUCAAGAACAAGAAGAGAUCAGCAAGUGCUACCAGUACCAGUACCUCUUCAGUCGAAAAGAGGGUUCUUACUCCCAAGAAGAAGCUUAUUCCCGCAAGUGGCAAGAAGACCAGUAAGAAAAAGGGCUCUCCAGCCUCCAAAAAAGCCAACAAGAACAAAUCAUCAUCGCCCACCAAGACGAAACUACUUGCCUCAUCCACCAAUGCCUCCUCUGUUCAGAAGAAGAAGAAGUCGUUGGUGUCGACCAAGAAACCCAAAGGGAAAGCUGCCGGUGAAACCUCGAAGAAGUCCCCCCAAGCUACCGGUAGCGUGAAAACAAGUUCGCCAGGAUUGGAAUUGCCUCCUCUUACACCCAUUCGACGGGGAACUUUGUCAAGCACUGCUGGUACCAGCCCCAAGGCAAGCAAGAAAGAAGUUCCCAUCUUCAUUAUGGAUCUUCUCGAAGACAUGAAGCAGCCCGCUGAUAAGGGCAUCCCUCGUCUUGGCGAGAUUGAAGAGAGCACCAAGGCCGCAGCCAUCAUGGAACUGUUUGAGGAGGCGGCCGCAACGUGCACUGAUCUCUCAGUCAGCCCUGAUGAUAUGGACGACUCUGACACCAAAGUCGAACCAACCAAGGCCCAUACUUCCAGACGUCCCUCUACAGCCAAGUCUCAUGCUCAAGUCCUCGCCAAAAUGGACUCUGUCAUUCCCGACAUUUUUAAAACCAAGGAAGGAAACGAAUUUUUAAAAUCACCAAUUCCUGUGCCGGAGUUCGAGUUCUCCGAGGUUGGUGCCCUUGCUAUGCGCGAGAUUCAGGCUGCAGAUAGCAUGUUCGCGAAAGAAGGACUAGGCAAGGCAGUGCAUCCCUUUGUUGUGGUGACACCUGACAAAGAUCGUCGUCGUCGUCCUAUGGUCUCCCAUGAAGAGCACAUUGUCGAAAUGCCGACUCUCAACUUCACCCCGUCCUGUUCUAGCCUGACAUGCGACUUGAUCCACGGGAAAGAAUCUAUCAUCGGUAUCAACACUAUCGAUGAGGACAGCUGCUGCAUGUUGGAGCCGUUGCCAAUUAAUUCAGCUCAGUCGAAAGCGAGGCUAACGCAUGGAGCGAGCAAGGGACACGUCAAGGGUGGGAACUGGACAGUCUUGGGUCUCCUCUGUGACAAUGGAAUCUACAAGAAGGCGUCACAGCCUCAGCAGAGUUCUGGGAUCUCUGGGCAGAUGAUUCCUCUUGCAUCCGACUUGGACGUUUUCAAAAGGUUCGUCCCAGUCGAGGACAGUGACUUGAGCGACUGUGGCAGCAGUGAUGCUGAGAUGGACACCGCCGAUCUCGAUGAACAUUAUGGGGGCUUAGAAGACAAGGAUUGGGUCAUGGACAACGAAACCCUGACCACUGAGGCUGUGAUCAAGGACAUCCAGAAGCUGUUCUCAGGAAGUACUUCGGCCUCCAACAGCGGACUGUCCGUACCUCCAACCCGAUUUUUGUCAUCUCAGUCAUCUGAGUGGGCACUUUCUGGUUUGUCUGCAGUUCAUUCUGGAGAACAAAUCAAGGUUACCGCUGUCUAGAUGGGAGCGUUGCGUUUUGCUCCAAUGCGAGCUCAUCAAUCUUUGGGCUGCUCUUGUUUUGAUCUUCCGUCGGCCAAAGGCCCUUUGUUUGGAAGGCUGACGGUCUUUUCUGAUCAUGAACAAUUGCCAUCUCACAAAACUACACAUUACAUACAUAUCAAGGAAUACUUAUUUGGCUGUCUCGGGAUGACAGCCAACAAUGCAUACACAACCGACGAUGGAAUCGGAGAUGUUCUGGUACAGCUAUUUUCUGCCACCAGCAUGUGCGAUUGCAUCGGGGAGACGGGGAUGCACUCUCUCUGCACUUUCUGGGAAUUUGCCUGGGGAGAGAGUGCAAUCAUUACUAAUCACAAUAAUUGGGCGUCUUCUGGGGGGAAAGGAAUAUCGAGAACCACACGAGCUGCUGGCUGAUGUCACAGUUACUUUUCUAGCUGUUUAAGACGGUCUAGCUUCUAUUUGCUUAUG